GUUUUUUUGCAAUUCUUAGGAGUAAAGCUGUUUUUUUUUCGUAUUCUUCCCAGGUUCUAGUCGUUUAUAAGAAUGUCUUCGUAUAAACCUAUUGAUUCCAAAAGAGAGGAAUUCAGAAGAUAUCUUGAGCGCGCCGGUGUAAUGGAUGCUUUAACGAAAGUUCUUGUGAGCUUGUAUGAAGAACCUGAUAAGCCGGAAGAUGCUUUAGAAUACGUUAGAAAACAUUUAGGCACUGACGGUGGAGAUGAUGAACUAGAGGCUGCAAGAGCCCGUAUUGCGGAACUGGAGGCUGAAAAUGCUCUUCUUAGGGGUGAAGCUGCGCCAACGGAAGGAUAAUUUUGCUCAUUAUUAAUUAAUUAUCUACAUACCUAAUAUACGAUGUUCAAUUAAAG